AUGUAUCGUCAUCGACGUCAAGUAGGUGUCAAUCUAGGCUCGAUCUUUAUUUUAGACAAGAAAUUCUCACCGGCUAGUCUUCGUUCAUGUGUGGUGAAUGGGACAUGGGAAAGCGAGCUGGAUUUCUUACGUGCCUGUAUGACUUUAGAACAGGCAGAAGAAGCAUUGGAGGAUCAUUGGAGCACCUUUGUCACCGAAAAAGAUUUUCAGUACCUUUCGUCCAUUGGAAUUAACUCGGUUCGAAUACCCAUUGGUUACUGGAUUGUCGAUAUUGAACAUGGACCCUUCAAGAAAUACAGAGAAGUCUACAAGUCCGCAUGGCGAUGGUUUUUACACAUGAUCCAUUUAGCUGCCCAAUACAAGAUGGGUGUGCUCGUUGAUCUGCACGGUGCACCCGGUGGACAAAACCCUCUCUCUCAUUCGGGUACUUCUUCACACCGUGUUCAAUUUUACAAGGGGGAUAACCAAGAGCAUACACUGAAAGUCUUGCAGAAACUAACUACAGCGUUGGCUCCCAUCAAUAAUGUGAUUGGACUCAGUUUAUUAAACGAACCGAUAGAUGAUGCCCUUUUACCUAAUUUCUAUCUUUCAGCCUAUCAUCUUGUUCGACAAGCCUCAGAUAUCAUGCUUCCCAUCUAUAUCAGUGAUGUAGGUCAUAGACGAAAAUACAUGGAUUUUAUCCAACAAAACCAUAUGAAGUUUGUCAUUCUCGAUACCCAUUUUCCCUUGACGCGCAAUGUGAAUACGAAAGAAACAGCGCAUCCAGCGGAAGAGCAAGAACUAAAGAAAGACUACGCACACAUGCAUGGUAAUUUGAUCAUAGGCGAAUGGUCUGCCAUACCACAGGAUGGUUAUCGAAGGGAGGAAGCGUUUAGUGAGACACAGUUAGCGAUUUAUACCCAAAGCAGUGCUGGUCAUUAUUUUUGGAACUAUCGCACAAGUGAUGAUGCGGAUGGAUGGAGUUUUCUGUACUGUCACAAAAAUCGUAUUUUACCGGCCGUGUUUAAAGGGGGGAAAAUGACGACGACGUGUGUAGAGGGAGCUUACUUGUUGGCUAAAUCGAGAUAUGAAAUGUAUAGGAAGAGUGCACAUCAACAUUAUCUAAGUAUGCGUCCCAAAGGGCAUGAGUAUGAUGUGGAUGGAUAUACGUGUGGAUUCAGGGAAGGAUAUGGUGUAGCGAUGAAUUACUUACGAGAGUAUCAAAGUCGUGUAGGGUUCAAACAUCAAUUAGCACAUGGGUAUGCUAAAAAUGGAAAGUCGAUCGAAUAUGAGCAGGCGUUUAUUCGUGCUUUAUUUAUUGUGGAUCAAUUAAUUGCAGAGUUCAUUUGUACAUAA